UCGACAUUUGUAAAUGUUUCAGGUUGGACAUUGUUUAAUUUGGUGAGAAUUCAAGCGAAGGAGGUGUUUGUUGUGGGAUUUUAUCUAUUGGAAAGGGCCAAUGGGUGCCAAGUAUACCAUCUGUUGCUGUCAGUACUAUCUGAAACACAACAGGGAGGAGAAGAAUGCUAUUUUGCGUAUGCGCACCACUACAGCUCCAAAACAACCAGUGCUGUUAUCCAGUGACACCAGUGACAGUGACACAGAAGAAGAGAGCCUUUUCGGGCCACGGCCUUCGAGAAGGAAGCCUGGGAAAAAGCAGCCGAGCCAGAGGAGCAGUGUGAACCCGUUGGCCGACACAAACAAACCCUGUGAGCCUCAAAUCAGGAGAGGAUCAGACCGAGAGCUGCAGGCCUUUAUUAGCAUGAGAGACCAGGCAGACACAGCUACAGAGGAAUGGGAGAAGCUGAAUUAUGACAUACACAGUUUACGCUAUACCAGACGAGAAGUAAGAUCACGGUGGAAGAAAAUCCUGCUAUUGCUAGGUUAUCAGUGCGAGGUGGACGCCUUGCUGUGUGUGAACAAACAGAACCGCUUCAGUCGAGAUCAGGAGCAUCUCAACAAAACCACAGAAAUGCUGAAACAGCUGCUGGACCACACCUCCCUGUUUCCUCCUGAAACUGAACACCAGAACACAUACCUCUGUAUCAUGGACCGCCUGGUGUCGCUGGACAGCGCAGAGGACUUUGUCAGACUGGCCAAAGAGAAAUAUCCCAAGAAAUUAUAAGAGAAAGUGUGAGAAAAAAGAAGACACAAAGGCUGGAAGAGAGGGUAAAGAAAAAUAUUAGAAUGUUUAAUUCAGUACAAUUAAAGAAAUUUGACCAGAAUCUAACAUUCAUUUCAUUUUAGAGCAAACUGUAAUUGUAAAGGGCAAAUUAAAAUACUUUCUGUUCGACAUGUCCUGUUGACUUAAUGAAUGUAAUUCCUCUGUGUUUGUACAUUUAAAAAACAAAUUGUUCCACUGGUAAAUGCUGCUUGGACUAUAAAAACAAUAUUCUUUCAGAUUAUGAAGUCAUACAUUCGUGUGAAAAUUCUCAGAGAUUGAUAUUACGAUUUUCAAGAAUCACAUCACUUCACUUUGCAAGGUUUGAUCCACCUCAUAGUGUAACACAGGCUGCUUCCUACCGUUUGUUAUGCCUGCAGUGGAUGAACUGAUCAAAUUAUAUACUUCCCAAUCACAUUUUAAGCCGGAAUUGCCAUAUCUCAGAAGAAUACAGACUUAGAAGAGACAUUAUUCAGAAGAAAACAACUGAUCAGGUCAGGAUGAUUUGAUUACUUUUGUAUACCAGGAACUACAUAACAAUGGACAUCGCCAUGUUCCCUAUUGCACCUCCUCACUGUGGCACUUCCUGUUUACUGGUGGUGUGGUUUGAUGAGGUUGAUCCAGCCUUGCAAAGUAAUUUCUCGUGAACAGAUUUUCUUUAAAAAAACUUUUUUUAAACCUAUGACCCUCAUACCCCAUCCUCCAAAGUGGUAUUAAAUACCAGACAAUUUAUAUUUCGUUAAACAUCUU